ACCAAAAACAAACAGAUUUCUUCUGCUUCUACUCGAAGAUAAAUACGCUAUAAAAAUGGUUUUGUCGUGGUCCAGAAAACGAGUUUUUCGCCGUGCCCGCAAAGGAAACGCCGCCGCCGGAGACUUGGACGUCGAUGUCGAGGUUGUUGUUCCCACCCACUUCCGGUGUCCGAUUACCCUGGACUUGAUGAGAGAUCCGGUGACCUUAUCCACCGGAAUCACCUACGACAGGGACAGCAUCGAGAAGUGGGUCGAGUCUGGAAACCGGACGUGCCCCGUCACCAAUCAGCCUUUGAUUAGCUUCGACAUGAUUCCUAACCACGCCAUACGUAGGAUGAUCCAAGACUGGUGCGUCGAGCAUCGUUCCCACGGUAUCGAGAGAAUCCCCACGCCGAGAAUCCCGGUCACGCAGUACGAGGUUUCCGAGAUCUGUACCAAAAUAAUGUCGGCAACUCAACGCGGAGACGACAGCAAGUGCCAGCAGUUGGUGGAUAAGAUAAAGAUCUGGGGCCGAGAAAGCGAGAGGAACAAGAAGUGUAUCGUUCAAAACGGGGCUGCCACUGCAUUAGCCAACGCCUUCAGUUCUUUUUCAAACGCUUCGAUUGAGAAAAACGUAGGCCUUUUAAAGGAUAUUCUGGGGAUCUUAACAUGGGUUCUUCCAAAGGGGCAAGAGGGUUAUGCUCAAAUUCAAACUCAGUCAUUGCUGAGUUCUGAAGCGUCUUUACGUUGCAUGGUUUGGUUCCUUAACAGCAAAGACCUCUCGUCAAGGCAAAACGCAGCUUUAGUUCUGAAGCAAGUACCUAUAGAGCCAUUGGCAAAAACUGAAGGUGCGAUCGAAGCCUUAGUCAAGAUGAUCAAGGAGCCCGUAGGUCCUCCUGCAACAAAAGCAAGCCUGAAAGCAAUUUUCCAGAUCGUUUCCUCAUCAAAUGAGAAAGAGAGAAUCAUCAAAAGAUGUGCGGAACUAGGCCUAGUUACGUUGUUGCUCGAAGCACUUGUGGACGGAGGUAGAGGGAUAUGUGAAAAGGCUUUGGGAGUUUUGGAUUGUAUAUGUGAUUACGACGAAGGGAAGGAAGUGGCAAAGGCCAAUAUGUUAACUUUGCCUCUUGUAGUGAAGAAGAUAUUGAGGGUUUCAGGGUUGGCUUCUGAUUUUGGAGUGUCAAUUCUUUGGAAACUUUGUGACAAGAUGGAUGAAGAUACGGUGAAGGAGGCACUUCAAGCGGGUGCGUUUCAGAAGGUUCUGGUUUUGUUGCAGGUUGGGUGCGAAGAGAGGACGAAGGGAAAAGCCACUGAUUUGUUGAAGUUGCUGAAUGCUUACAAGAACACAGUGGAGUGUGUUGAUUCGUCAUUGGAUUUGAAGCACCUUAAGAAGCCCUUUUGAUCUACCCCAUUCAUCCUCACUUAGCUUUGUUUAGUUUUCUGUAUAGAUUCAUCAGAGAAACACUGUACAAAUUUGCGACACACAUAGAUAUUCAAAGAAUCAUUCCAUUAAAGUUUUGGAAUUCAAUUUUGGAAGUUUGGGAA